GCUCAACACGUUUACAGGAUACAGGCGGAACAGCAGCAGCGGUUGUUGGUGCGCGGUGGACUUCCUUCCCUCCAUCCAUCCAUCCAUCCAUCCAUCCUUCCUUCCUUCCUUCCAUCCUUAUUGAUUCGCUUCGCGCGACCGCACCACGGACACACACACACACACACGCACGCAUUGUGCGGUUGGCUGAUACGGCUGGUGGUGGUGCGCGAUGAGGGGCGGGGGCAAGGGGAAAGGAAAGGGGAAAGGAAAGGGCAAGGGGAAGAAGGGGAGCGCAACACCGAAGCGGGAGCGGGCAGCAUCAACAGCAGCAGCAGCAGCAAACGACAGCGGCCGAGGCAAGGGCAAGGCGAGGGGGAGGACCAAGUCAACGCGCGACACAUCGGCGGCGUCAUCGACAGCAGGGACAGCGGCGUCGUCUCGGCGCGCGUCCACGAACAACAACAGCGGCAACAGUUCACACACAGGGAAGGGCAGGGGAAAAACAGGCGCAAAGGCAGCGGCUGGAACAGCCUCGAACAACCACUCCUCGUCGUCAGCGUCAUCAUCAGCGUCGUCAGUGCCAUCAGCAGCACUCGCGGCUGCGGCGGCUUCGCUCCCGGUGUUGGGGUCCACGGCCAAGAAGCAGGUGAAGGCGGACGAGACUGAACGGUCGAAGCUGGAGAAGGCGGCCAUCUCGCGACAGAAGGCGUUGGAGGACCUCGAAGCCAUCGAGAAGAAGAUCUUCGACAAGGAGACAGCGUACUUGAAUGCGACCAACCGAUGGGGAACAUAUGUCCGCGGUUUCCAGGGCUACCUCGAGAACAAGCCGCGUGAUGUGAAGCAGCCACUGGAAUCGUUUCCCGACCGAGAGCGCAUCUUCAGCAACACCUCCCUCACAUCUCCGCUCUUCCUUGGAAAGGAGGCAGUCGUGGCGGAGAAGAAGAAAAAGGCAAAGAGACGGCAGGCGCAUUCGCCAUCGCCACAGUCCUCAAAGCGCGGCAAACGAAAAGCAAAGCGUGGCGGGAGGGGAAGGGGCGCGUAAGCAGCACCAGCAGCAGCAGCACCAACAGUGCGCAUGUGUGUGUGUGUGUGUGUGCGUGUGGUUACGUGUAUGGCUGGCUUGCCUUCGUGUUUGUUUUUACGUUCACUAAAGGGACUUGCAAGUGCGAGGGGGGAGAGUUGGCGGAGGGAGCAAUGGGUGGCAGGCUUGCUGUUGUCACACGUGUGUUGUUGUUGUUGUUGUUGUUGAGUGGUGUUGGGUGAUCGGGGAAUGGAUCGGCAGACAGUGACACCAGGAAAGCAAGCGAGCGUGACACAUAUACAUGCACACAUGAUCUUGGAAGCAUAUAACGACUUGGAUGGUGUGUGUAUGAGGAG